AUGGCGGAGAGUGAGAGCUUAGAAGCUCUUGAAGUACAAAAUAAUGAACAGAAACGACAAGGAAAUGAACAGAACGACGGUAAUUUAGUAGAAGAAGAGGAAUUAGAAGGUGAUUAUAAUGACGAUGAGGAAGAGGAUGAGGAAGAGGAGGAGGAGAGUCAACUCAGUGAGUUGCAGCAACAUGCCGAGUUACCGAGUUCGCAGAUGGAAGAGGAGGUGAGGGAGGAGCAAGUGAAAACCCUAACGGUGGUGCCGUCUUCUUCCACGGCGAUAUUAUCGAAGGAGAAUGAUCAGUAUGCAGAUGAUCUGGCAGGUUUGAAAGGAAAUUCAGCAUUGGAAACGCACGUGGAAGCUGAAUUCAAGGAUCAAGUAGGUUUGUCACACCAGGAAGUUUUGGUAAGCGUAACACCCCAGAGUAGUAAAGCCCAGACACAAAAUCAGCUUCAGCCUUCUGUAUGUCCAACUUCCUUGUCAGAACUGUCACCAACUUCUGUUACACAACCUAUAUCGUCUGCUCCAAGUCCAACUCCACCAGAAAAAAGAUUGUCUUCCCCAGAGGUUAAGAAUGUAUGUAUACCAGAAGCAGGGCACCAAAGUUCUGCCAAGCUGAAGACUCUCAAUGUUCCUGUAGCGAGGACAUCUAUUCCAGAUGGAUACAACUGGCGGAAAUAUGGUCAGAAGCAAGUGAAGAGUCCUAAAGGUUCUCGAAGUUAUUACAAGUGCACAUAUUCUGACUGUUUUGCUAAAAAGAUCGAAUGUUCUGAUCACUCAGGCCAUGUUAUAGAGAUCGUUAAUAAAGGAAUGCACAGUCAUGAUCCACCUCGAAAGAAUAACAGCACAGGGGAAAGUAGGGGUGGAUUAUCUGUUGGGCCUAUUUUGCAGACUACUGUAAAUGAGCAUACUGUCAGAAUGCUCAAGGAUUCAGAACCAGCCACAUUGUCAAUAGAACCUGUACAAGAAACACCCACAAUUUCUGAAAGAAAACGACAGAGUUCAAGUAGCUCGGAUGAGAACAAGGAAACUCAAAUUAAAGAGGAGGAUGUCAGUGAACCUGAGCCAAAACGAAGGCAAGCUAUCCCAUUGAUUUGGCAGUGUUGGAGAUUUAAUGUUUUUUGCUCAUUUCUAACCAGAUUGAAGAAGGGAAACUUAGAGUGUCCAAAAGCUGUCCUAAAACCCGGGAAAAAACCUAAAUUUGUCGUGCAUGCAGCAGGUGAUGUGGGUAUCUCAGGUGAUGGAUAUAGAUGGCGCAAGUAUGGACAGAAGAUGGUGAAGGGAAAUCCUCAUCCCAGAAACCCCACCCAGAUGGCUUCACUGAUUGAUAUGGAUGACAGUGCAGUGAUUGCCUCUUUGUUUUUGAACUAUUAUAGAUGCACUUCUGCUGGAUGUCCUGUCCGAAAGCACAUUGAAACAGCAGUAGAUAACACAAAUGCUGUCAUUAUAACAUAUAAGGGAGUACAUGACCAUGACAUGCCUGUACCAAAGAAGCGACACGGCCCACCAAGUGCUCCCCUUGUUGCUGCCGCCGCUCCUGCUUCCAUGAGCAACUUGCCGAUUAAGAAAACUGAUAAAUUGCAAAAGCAAGUUACUUCAACCCAGUGGUCGGUGGGCAAGGAAGGCGAAUUAACUGGCGAAGCCCUUGAUCUUGGGGGUGAGAAAGAGAAGGCAAUAGAAUCCGCUCGGACUCUUCUGAGCAUUGGAUUUGAAAUCAAACCUUGCUGA